UGUGAACUAAUGUUAAGGGUGUAACUAGCUGGAGACAAAUGUAACUAGCUAGCAAAGCUCUACAUAACAAUGACGAAUUGGCUUAUUUGAGCAUGGAAAUGGCUUAUUGCGAGGGAAAAUUCACUCUUGCCAAAAGCGUGCGAUAUUUUCACUAAAACAAAAGGAUUUCCAGAGCUAUUCAUAAAGUUAUUUGAUGUAUAGCAGAAAUUAACCAGAGGAAAGCAGGGAGAACAUGUUUCUCACAGAGUUUUGCAGAGCAUCGUCCAAAUUUCUUCAAUGAGGUUUAAAUGCGUUAAUUGGCUACCCAGAUACUACGUGUACCUGGCAACAGAAAAAUAUACAUACGCUUGCUAUUUUUUGUGGACCACCUCACCACGUAGCAACGAUAGCAUAAAUAUUUUCGCUACAGAAGAUGCGGAGAGGUUCUCUCUUUCAAUUGAUGUCAAUUGAUACGCUUAGUUUGCAAAUUUGCCGAUGAUGGAAUGGUUAUUUUGGAGGAUUAAAUUAUGUUAGACAAAACGCUAUGUUAGUUUUCUAUUGCAAAAGUACUUUAAAGGCAAAUUAAUGGGUAAUUAUUAUUUUACUGGGAAGCCAUUAUCAUAUUGCUUUGUGGUUUUGAUUAAAAUCCUUCUGGGUGUAUUGAUCAACAAAUUUUUCAAAUUCCAAUGUAGAAUUUAGAGAUGGGUAUGAUGGACGUGGGAGGGUAGUGUGUGCAUAUUCUGCUUUUUUAUCCUUACCUUUUCAAGAGUCGUUCCUAAUGACAAAUAAUUAAAAAGCCAUACCUUCUCUAAAAGGUUUCUUUGAAAAAUAGGAUCUAAAUAAUUUUUUAAGACGAUCAGAUGCUUAUUUUCUCUAUUUUAAUUAAAAAAAAAUUACUUUAUUCAACCCCCUCCCCUCGCCGACUUUGCCUGCAUCCCUGAGGAUUUACGGUACAGGGCGUCCACUUUUUAUUGGAGAGAGCACUUUUUGUGAACGCGCUGUCUUUUCACUUUUAAGUCUAGAAGCAUUAUGAAUUUUUAGACGCUCGUAAUUUAAAAGCUAACUACACUUUCGUUUUCUAAUCCUGAGCGCACACAUUAUUCUGAAACAGCAGAUACAGUGCUAAGCAGCAGCAAUGCACGUCACAGGUAUGCUUGAACCAGGGGAAAAAGGGGCGAUGGGAUUGGGAAAGAUUUGCCGUGUUGUAAAAGGUAGUAUUUGACACUGACCCGGUAAAAUAGAUACGGUUAAUAGCAAAUGGAAAUACUCAGUGGCGAAAAUUGCCCCUUAUUUAGAAACGGGAUGCAAUUUUCGACGAAUUUUUUUAUUUCUCUAUGUUGGUUUUUUUAUGUAGAUUUCUGAAGUGUUUGCCCACAGUUUUUUGUCUCAUAUCCAGCUACUUCAGUACUUACUUUCAAUUGCCCAUUACAAAAACCAAUUACUAAUGUGGCAAGGCCAAAACAUCUCGAGUGGAAUUUGGACAAUUUACCAUUGCAAUUAAAGUGUCUCUGUCCAUGUGUGUCUGGUAUGGUGCUCUCACAUGGCUAGACAUUCCGGGUUAUUCCUAGCAUCGAUAUAAAACCGGAACACAUGUACAGCAUAAAAUCAAGGAAGCUUAAUUUUAUCUCUGAAUGUCCGUUAAUUUAACGUGAAGAUUUCGCAGAACAGAGGCUGCUUCGACCAAGCCAGCGAUUCAAAACUGUUUAUGAAUUCGUUUUAAUUUACUUAAUUUUGUUUUAAAUUUUCCAUUGGAGUCAUACGCACCGUGAUGAAACAGCCUUUUCCAACCUAAACCACAAAUAUAAUACCUAGCAGGGGGUGUGGGGGCUGGGUUACCCUCAUCAAAACGAUCACCGUUAAAUGUCCACGUGUUUUUUAUCAGGUCAGACGAGAUAUGCAUAAUGAAUAACUUUUCAGAAAAUAAAAGUUGUCGUACUGGAUAACUUAAUAAAAGUCUGGGAAAAAAUUUUAAUAGAAUUAUUCAAAUGCAAUGUAUUUAGGAAAACAAGUUCAAUAAUUUUAGUUUACCUUUUUUUUUGUUCGGGUGGUUUUGAGGAAGUAACAAAGACUUAUUUUAUCUUUAUUUAUUUAAAAUGCCGUUUGUAAAUGUGGUGUGAGUGUAAAGCUUGAGCAAAAACGGAGAAACGAUAAGUACUAAAGUAAUAAAAUAUUUUGAAUGAUAAUUUUUUCAUAAUGGCUAACUAGCUCCUGGCCAACUCCACGUGGUUUCUGAUACAUGAAGUAGACAAACUGAUUAUAAAUUUUUCCAUUGAUCUAUAAAUGGACACAUUGGUCAAGCCAAGAUUCAGCUUUAAUCUUUUGCCCAAAACGAUUUAGUUUUGUGAGACCAUUAGAAGCAAUAUCUUUAAUCUCCUACACAUUGCCUAGAUUUUUUGCCUUAUCGAAAAUAUUUCCUGAUCAGAAUAAAAAAUUCUGCGUAAGCUGUCCUAUAUAUUGCCGACAAUUAUUAUCCUGAAAAGACAGACCAUACUAUGCAAAAAAUCCCUAGGGAAGACAGCUUUCUGUCCCUGGAUUGCCCGUAGGCUUAGAAUAAGAAGGUAUGCCUAUAGUGACAAAUUCCUCUAUUAUUACAUUGGGGAAAAGGGGUGGAUAAAAUUGGCGGCGCCAACUGGGAGAACACGUUCCCUGAUUCUUGGCAAUGUCUAUUUUGUAUUUCGCCUAAUUCGGCGAGAAAAUGUUGGGGGAGUGGUUAUAUUUGGGCAAAGAUUCUUUAUGAGGUCAAAAUCAGUGGUGGGCAUUUUCUAAUGGUAAAAGUGGCCUUCCCUGUUGGUGAAAAGGCGCUUUCUUCCUGAUAAAAGAACGUGGCAUAAAAUUUUUAUAUUUUGUGACCUCACAGCCUAUUGGCUGGCACCGCUCCUGGCAGAUUAUAUGUUACUAGGGUUUUAUGAUCGUCUCAGCAUUGUGGCCAGGAAUCAUGGAAGUUCGAAGUCUUUGACCUUUAGGGAUAGGACACAAGCACGCCCAUGUGAAUUGAUUUUGCCUUUUUUCUUUUAAAUAUUCAGAUUAAAAAACAUUGUUUGCCUUUUUAAGCAUGUUACUCCUUUCAGCUAUCAGCUUGGUGUUGUGAAUAUAUCUAGUGGCAAGAAAUAAUUGCGUUUUACAUGCGUUUUUAUCUUCCACAGGUACGGUAUCAUACUGUACCGGGAGUCAAGUUCUGUUACCCCCAAGGUGUUGACCCCAGUUUUUUAUGCUCGCUGACCUGAACUUUCGAAAUCUGCGGAUUUUCUCUGCAUCUCAGCUCAUCUUUCUAGCCUGAGGGCGUUUUUCAUGACACCAUUACUCGGUUUGUUAUUGCCAUUAGUGCGUUUUAUUCUGCAAAGACCGUGAGUGAAUUGCCUUUUUUCUUCGUCCACUCUGCGGUUGGCUGGUCUCGUAGCUUGUCCGGUCGCUUAUAUUGUCCCUCAGAGCUAGUAUUGUGCUGUCGAAUUGAUGAGAUUUUAAACAGCAAUUGAAAUGAUCUGCCCUUUUAACUUUUUUAUUUGCUACGAUCAAAUUACAUCCUGUUAUGUGUGCAUAAACCGCAGUGUCAUGACUAAUGGUAGCCCUCAAGGAGGAGCUUCACCUGUCCAAACUCAUUGUGUAUUGCGAGUUCGUGGGAACAACACGCGCAAGUAGCUGGUGCGACGAAUAUUACCAACUUUAAAAGAUGUGACUGCCUUCAGCAAAACUAUAAUCUUGAAGUCGUGGAAAUGAAAGAUUUUAUAUCAGUUAUGGUUGCUGAGGAUGGUAUUGCAAGGAAAGUCGGUGGUUUGCAAGAAGGUGAUACCCUGGUAUAUAUAAAUGGAAUUACGUGCCAGUCAAGGGCUAAAGCUAUAGAGACAGUAAAGAUGGGGAAGAAUGAAUUGAGAUUGAAGUUGAAAAGAAAUCAGAGCGCAGAUUCUGCCGUAAAAGCCAUCGAGUUGAAAACUGGGCCUAAACGCUCUAACAGUUUCUACGAGUCAGUUGUUGAGAAUAUGUUGGAAAAUGUCAGUGAUGAUAUCACUUCGACGCACUAUUCAAGAAGAAGGAACACUCUAGAGAGAGAGAUGGGCAAAGUGCGGAAAAAACCUUUGGGCGUUAUGAAAGAGAGCAGCAAUAGUGGUGAUGUAAGCGAAGUUAUUAGCGAGAGAGAAGAAGGGAAAAGUAUAGGCCGAUUUAGUCCACCAAGGACUGAUUUGAAAACAUUGUCACCCCAAGAAGAAAGGAUGCGGUUCGGACAGGCUCAACCUUCACCGAGGAGCUUUCAGCGUGUUAAAAUCAAAAGUGUUAACGUGACUUCAGUAAUGCCAAUCAAGAAGAAUGAUAGUUCUGAACAGUUUAAAAGUUUGGCAGUUGGUUCUGAUCCUCGAAGUGGUAACCAAGCAGCCUCUCCUACAAGCGACGAUGCACCACCUUCAGUAACCAGAAACCAGUUAAUUAGCGAAGAACCAAUCACUUCGCAAACAAAAAGCAUGGAUGAAGGGACGCCGAACGCUCAACGUCCUUGGAAUGACCGGCAAUGUCAUAGAAAAGCAAGCCCUCCACCGGUUGCCAGCAAACCGAGCAAAGUUAGGCCGGAGAGCUCGAGCGACUCUUCUUCACCACCAAUGACCGUGUCAAAGGCUAGAGCGAUGUUUGAAGACCUCUCAAAGUCGCAAGAAAACUUAGAUACGAUAGGAACAUCAAGAAACAAUUCUACGAGUUCGCCGAAAACAGAAAAAAGAGAAAUGGCUACAGACAAUGCUAAACAAAGCGAGGAUUCAAAGAAUCCUGCUGCAAAUUCUCUUCAGGAACCACUUAGGCCCUGCCAUGCUCACACUAAAUCCUUACCUCUGGAAAACACGGAAGGGCCUAGAAGAGAUAUAAGGCGACCAGGAUCAGCACCCCAUCGCAGGUCAAAUAGACAGAUUAGACCAAAAUCUGCACAUUUCGCUUCUGAAGAAGAAAACACAGAUUCACAAAACCUACCUCUUGGCUAUGCAGCUGUACAAUCAAGUCGUCUGGUACACGGAAGAAAGUCAAUAGCUACGACAGCUCCGAGUGCCAGUGCUCUUUACAAAAAAGAGUCUUCCUUCAGGCAUUCGAGUGAAGAUUUGAGGCCAUCAGUUGAUACAUUACGCUGGGGAAAGAAAGCAUCAACCCUUCCAGCAAAUCAAAUGCGGGAAGCUGCGAAAAGGUUUCACAAAGAGCUCAUGAAAAAGGACCCUAAAUUUCGCUACUCCUUAAAUGCAGCCGAGCUACCUGCCAGACCAGCACAUCUCGGCUCUUCUACUGGUGGGUCUUCUGGAAGUAGUUUAGGCUCUUCGCAAGAUCAACUCAAUAACGGUGAGCUACCAAGAAGAUCAAGUGGGCCUAACGUUUUCACAAGAGCUUGCUCUACCUCCAGUCUUGACUCAUCUCCUGGUCACCCUGAUUCGAUGCCUUCACCUAACGAUGAAGAUAACACGAUUAUGUCUCGUUUAUUGCGAGAGCAGCGAUUAAGCAGUAAUGGAAAUCUCAAACGCAUCGAAGAAGAGGCUCGCUCUCCAAGAAGUAAAACUUCGCCAAGAGAGGGCAGUCUUUCGUCCAGUGAAACUGUGGAACCAAGUGAAGAUCCUGGCAAGAGGACGAUCAGUAUACAAACUGACUUCACCCCAACUGCAUCGAGAAAACGAGAGCUGUUCACCGAAAGACGAAUUGUCACAAGCACCAUGCACCCAUUCAGCGCAACCAUAACAACGCAAUCGACAAUUGAGACAUGCAUAGAUGAUGUCGACCCUGCCUUCCUGAGCAGUGCGCCUCUAUUUUCCGAAAACAUCCCAAAACUUUCCGCUGACGAUAUCGAACAAACCUCCCACGAAAAAGAACCCAGUGCAGAUAGUAAUGACGAAAUGAUUAAAAUCAACGAAAAUCAAAGCAAAGAAGAGGAAACUGGAGACUUUCCUUUGCCUGACCUGGACGAUUUACCACCACCCCCUGAGGAACUACUUAUAGCAUCCCCACCUGAAAAGGAGAAACCGCAGCGAGUCAUAAAUCGAAAGAAAAGGGACCAUCAUUCUGGACUAGGAACAAGCCGUAACAGUUCUUGCGUCAGUACGGAUUCAAAUGUAAGCACCGCUACAAUGGACUCUGGUAUUGCUGUAAGAGCAUACAGCAUGUCUGAUUCAAGUCCUAGAAAUAGUCCAACAAGAGUCACCUUGGAAUUUGAAGAUGAUUAUGAUAAUCAUGGUGUUGAUGAAGGGUUCAAAGGUUCACGAGAAGAGCUCGGCGAUGCCGAUGAUUGCCCGACUUGUAAUUCGGAACUAAUGACUCCACCAAAUGAAUUAGAACAAAAUUUUGAAGGGGAAAAAGAUGAUGGUGACUCAAAUUCCAGGCUAGACUCUUCUGACAGCAGCCAGAACGGAGCUUCAAGGUUAGAGGACCUUGACCAUAAAAAGGCUACCUUGGUUGAAAGCAUGCGAAAGAAAAUUGAGGAGCUGAAGCUACAAGAGCAGGAAAUUGCUGAGGAAAUAAAAUUAAAUGAAGAUUUAGGAAAACAUGUAAGGGGUCUGGUAGAAAAGAAGGCAACACAGACGGAAUUUUCUAAAUAUGAACUCUUUAUUCGAGAACUGAACAAAAUUGUUGCUCUGCUAUUGUCCCUUACACAAAGAUUACAUCGCUAUGAACAAAUGCUGCAAGAUUUGGAUAUGUCUGAGGAAGAAGACAAAGAAAAAAGGGAUACGCUGAUAUCUAAAAUUGACAAAUUGCGAAGUCAACACGAGGAAGCUUGUAACUUGCGGGAAGUUAACGACAAACGAGGCGAAAACGUUGCAAACUUCUUAGAUAAAUAUUUCAACGAGGAGGAAUUCGCUGACUUUCAGUAUUAUGUGGACAUGAAAUCUCAAUUAGCUUUGAUGCAGUCAGAAAUUAAAGAGAAAGUAAAGCUCGGAGAAGAAAGGUACCAAGCUCUUGACAGUACUGGAACCUUUUAACCGGAGAUGGCCUCACCAACAGCUAACAGUAUUAAAUUUUGGAAGGCAGAAUAUGUCCGGAUACGGCCUCACUUCCGUGUGCCAAAGAGCGUGUUCGCCUUUGGUAUUCCAAUGCUGAUGGUCUACGGUCUUUUUCGUACAGAACCACGAUCCAUCGGUUGUCCUACGGAAACCGAUAAUGCAUCGUAGAACUUCUUGAGCUGUCAAUGGGAUGUGGCGUGUCUUUAUGACCAGAGAGAAACGAAUGCGACGAAAGGGGACUAGUGGCAGCGUCACGUAGAACCACUAGAAAGUCUUAUUUCAAGUCUUAAUUUGAGGAUCAAUAUUUUGUCUUUGAGAAAUUAUCGUUGCUCUCAAGGUACUGUCACAAAUUCCGCUUAUCGAAAUCCCGAUAGGGCCUACGUAUGAAAUGCCAUACGACACAGAUAGGGACAACUUUCCUUUUCUGAAAUUUUGCAUUUUCAUCCCUGAUAUUAUUGUGAAAUUAAAGUUUUUUAACCAUAUCAUCAUAUAACCUAACAAUUUUAUUUCUACAGUUGGCUUGCUCCAUCUUGCUUAAAUUUGAUUACAUUUCCUUGCUGAAACUGAAACUCAACCUUCAUAUUGGACCUUUCAAAAUAUGCGACAAUUUGAGCCUUUGCCUUGUGACAUGUGAAAUGGCGGGUAGUGCUGUUUCAUAAAUUGUAUGAUAAUAUCUUCAAAUAAAUGCUUCUGUUUAUAGUUGGAUUUAUCGUAGAAAAUUUUCUUAACGAAGAAUAAGGUUGUAUCUUAUUACAAACACUUUAGUUCUUAACUGAUGCAGGUAAAUCUCGUAGUAUAUUAUUGUAUUUCAUAGUACCAUUACAUUUUAGAUAAUGGUAAGUAACUGUAGUUUCCUAUCAUUUUAAAUGCCUUUUUGAACAAUCAUCCAGUUUAGAAAACUGUAUGCUGAUACUAACCAUGAGAUUUAGGAACAUAAUAUUUUGACAUCCAUUCCAAAAGAAAUGCCAGUUUUUCAUUUUUUUGCAGCGUUUUAUAAAAAUGUCUUUGUGACAUCAAUUGCAAAAUAUCCUCGAACCCUACCUGCUUUCUUUAAUUUCCAGCCUGAAUUGAAUAAUGAUACCCAUGUAGCUAAGUACUUUAUUUUGACCUAUAUGUUCUUUAACGAAAAUAACUCGACGUCAUGCAUAACUUCAUUUAUUUGCCGGAUCAAAGAGCGACAAUAUCUAUUGCAUAUUUUACAUUUUUAUCCUUAUUUAUUGCAACUAAAUGAUUUUAGUAUACCCGUAGUAAAAACAAAAUACUGACUGAUUUGCCACUUGUUUUAAUUUCAUAAAUAAUUUUGACAAAAAUUAUUUCUAUGAAAAUUUCAAAAUUCGUACAUUUUGAUUAAACUCUCUAGUUUCGAUUGGGUUGUUCAAAGUUUUGAAAGGAACCAUUUUUAUUCAAAGGCGUGGCAUAUCAAAUGCCCGUUUAUCUCAGUUGUGAUUUUAAGAAGUAGCGAUCAAACCCAAUAAUUUUAAUAUAUUUUAUGUUGUAUGAUUCUUGAAUGAUGAAAGGAACCAUUGUUUACAAAA